AAAAUAGUGCCGAGUUUCACGGAGUUAUACUGGGGCCUGUGUGUCCCCUCUGGCUGCUCGGAAACAGAUGUAGCUUCUAUGGUGUCCACUCUUGUGUCUCCCUACAACUCAUCCGAGACUGGCUUGCAGUUCCAGCUCAAAAUGGAGCCGAAACCUUGCGAAACCAGGAACACCGAGCAUAACUAUUACAACCAAACGCUUUUCCUAAUUCUGUUUGGAACUGUGCUAUGGCUGGUGAGUCAUUCAACUAUUGUGGAUAUUAUCAAUGGGUUCCACAGUCAAGCAACAGAAUCUCCCAAAACAGAAAUGAUGUUGAAUAAGAUGUUUAUGGCGUUCUCUCUGAAACGUACUGUACCUUUCCUAUUGGACGCAUCUGAGCCCGGAGAGCUGAAAUGCAUUCAUGGCUUGAGAUUCUACUUUUCUCUCCUUAUCUACUUGUUGCACAAAGCGGUCUUCCUCAUGUUUGUGCCUGUCAUUAACAGGAUAUCUGUUGCUGAGAUGAUGGAAAACGAAGCUUCUAUGAUAAUUCGUGUUGUUUGGAAUUGUGUUGAUACAUUCGUUCUUAUAAGCGGUCUACUUACAUCCUACUUCACCAUCAAAAAACUGAAAAAUGGCGGUAGAAUGAAUAUUUUGCAAAUGUACAUACAACGAUAUAUCAAAUUCACUCCAGUGUUCCUGAUGACUUUGCUGAGUUUUACUUUCUUUGCAAAACGGCUGUCAAGUGGACCCUUGAUGAUCAGUGUUGGAAAUCACUUUUUGGAUGGAUGUGAAAAUAUUUGGAAAUCAGUAUUCUAUGUUAGCAACUUUGAUGGCAUCAAUAAUAUGUGUUAUCCACCUGCCCACCAACUCAUAACCGACUUUCAGAUGUAUCUGAUGUCUCCAAUUUUCAUUUUUGCGUUGUAUAAGUGGAAAAAUGUGGGGUUAGCAGGUUGUGCGGCCACUCUAGUACUACUAACUCUCUACAAAGGAGCCGUCGUCUACUAUUACAAGUAUUCUACGCUGCUUUUCUAUGGAAUAAGUGUGUCAAUGAUUGGAGAUGGAGGAGACGAUAUUUAUUUGAAUCCUAUCCACCGACUAACGCCCUACCUGAUUGGUGUCAUGUUUGGAUAUUUUCUUCAGGAAAUGAAGCCCCAGCAUAAGAAAUUGUCUUGGGAGAAACAGCUGAUCGGUUGGAGUGGCUGUUUGGUGUGUCUGUACUAUGCUUACUUUGCAAUGGCGAAGGCAGCUAAGCGGGGAUACACAUACAGUGAGUCGGAGGCCGCUUUAUUCGGAAUGGCUCAGCCCCUGCUUUGGUGUCCGGCCAUAUGCUGGAUCAUUUAUGCCUGUCAAACUCAACAAGCUGGUGUGGUGAGCAAAAUGCUAGAAUGGAAAGGCUUUGUCAUUUUCAGCCGGAUAUCUUAUCCAUUCUAUUUGGUUCAGAUAAUGAUUAUAUUUUGGAGUGUCACUGACGUUAAGGCACCUCAGCAACGGUCACUCUUAUAUUUUAUUGAUCUCAAUGAAUUCGCAGGACUGAUUGUUUUAUCGGCAAUUUUCUCUUUAUUCUUCCUUCUGCCUUUGAAAGAUUUAUUCAACUCUGUUAAAGGAGCUAAAGCUACAAAGACAGCUGUAAAAGUAAUGGAAGACACUCAAACAGCAGAGAAAAGCAAUUCCAGUCCAGUAGCAGAAGAAGAUAUAAAUCAUAACGAAAAAGGUAAAAAUCAUUUACAAGAAAAGGACGAGAAUGGUAAGAAUCUAUUUAAACUAAAGGAACCAACAGAAAGAGUAGAUUUUACAAAUUUAAUUGAGAAUGCUGUGCAAGAAAAUUUCAAGUUUUGAUUGAUACAAGACUGUGUAAAUACAAUUUUUUAUAGAAAAUUGAAAAAUUUGAUUUGAAAAUUACUUUAAGCUUGGAGAAAA